ACCCCACCCCCAGCCUAAGGCGAGGAGCGACUCUGCAGGUGCGAAGGCAACACGAGCAAUUCUCCAGCCGCCUCCUUAGGAGCCAGCUGCAGGGCCGGACACUGAUCUGUUAACGUCAUAGGAAAACAACAGCCCUAAGACACGCUGCGGGGGUGGCUGCAAGCCCAGGGCACAGAGAGCUGAAAUAUCUCAGGCUGGGGAGCCGCAGCCUGCCGAGCCAAGGCAGGGAGACAGCGCCCGGAUCGCCUCCCUGGGAGGGGCCCGGAUCCCGUGUCAGCCGCGGGGGCGGUGCAGCGCAGAGCGCCGCUGUCCGCGCGGCUGCUGCAGGGGCGGUCCCAGCGCGCUGCGGGCAAACCCAGACAGGUCUGCGGAUGGCUGCGCGUUUGGCUCCAGAAGAGGGAAGCUCGGCUCUGGCGUCUCCCCGCAGCCCCGGGCCGGUCCCCUCAGUAAGCGAGCUCUCCAAGGAUCUCCCCUCCUUCACUGCCACCGCCAGGGUGACGAGGAAUGGGGGAGCAGGCAUGGAGAAGGCCCUGUCCAACCAAGAGGACUUGGGAGGAGGCCGGGGCAUGACGGACGAUCUCUUUGAUGAGAGCUACUGUGAGAAGGAGGGCCCCAAGCCUGCCAGGAGAUACGUCUGGAGGAACAUCAUCCUCAUGAGCCUGCUUCAUUUAGGGGCCUUGUACGGGUUGUGGCUGAUACCUGCAGCAAAGCCUGUCACCUUGGUAUGGGGGUUCCUGUGUUUCCUGCUGAGUGCUCUGGGGAUAACAGCGGGAGCGCAUCGCAUCUGGAGCCAUCGGUCCUACAAAGCCAGUUUGCCCCUCAGGAUCUUUCUGGCCAUUGCCAACUCCAUGGCUUUUCAGAAUGACAUCUACGAGUGGGCCCGAGAUCACCGUGUCCACCACAAGUUCUCUGAGACCGACGCGGACCCUCAUAACGCCACACGGGGCUUCUUCUUUUCCCACGUUGGCUGGCUGCUGGUGCGCAAACACCCCGACGUCAUCGAGAAGGGCCGGAAGCUGGACCUGUCUGACCUGAAAGCCGACAAGGUGGUGAUGUUCCAAAGGAGGUUUUACAAGCUUUCUGUGGUGGUCAUGUGCUUCCUGUUCCCCACCCUAGUGCCCUGGUGCUUCUGGGGGGAAUCUCUCCGCAACAGCUUCUUCCUCUCCGCCAUCCUGCGCUACGUGCUGGUGCUCAACGCCACCUGGCUCGUGAACAGCGCUGCACAUAUGUUUGGCAACCGGCCCUACGAUCGAAACAUCAACCCCCGGGAGAACCGCUUGGUCACGUUUGGAGCUUUAGGCGAAGGCUUCCACAAUUACCACCACACCUUCCCCUACGAUUACUCCACCAGCGAGUUCGGCUGGCACUACAACUUCACCACGGCCUUCAUCGAUCUCAUGUGCCUCCUGGGGCUGGCCAGCGAUCGCAAGAAGGUCUCCAAGGAGACCAUCCUGGCUCGGAAAACUCGGACUGGCGAUGGGAGCCACAAUGGCUGAGGGCCCAUUUUUCCCCCGCAUUUUAUUUCCCCCCCGAGUGAGCUGGUCACAGGGUUUUAUGUUCUAUUUACUAACCAUUGAAUAAUGCUACCAGGUUGCUUCAGGUGGUGGUGGUGGUGAUGAUUUUAACCCCUUCCUGCACAGUGUAUUUUAAAUGUAUUUAAAACCUAUAACUUGUCUUUCUAGUGCUCGGCAGCUCCCUCCCUCUCUUCUCUCUCUCCCUUCUUUUUGUUCUUCGUUUGUUUCUCUCUGGCAGGAUCUCUCCCUUUCCCUCUAACUCUUCCAUCCUGCAUUCUCUCCUUGGCAGGGAGCUGGUCAAAAGCCCGUCCGGGGCAGUUUGUGCCGCCGGCUGGACAGAGGGAGUGGAGGGGGGUCUGUACCAGCUGGCUGAAGAGUUGAACCAAAGUCAGGGACUCUUUCCCUUGAAAUCCCCCUUUCUUGCCUCUGGUUCUCCUGCCCUCCCAGAGCUACUGAUUCAGGGCAGAUGAACAGACUGCUGAUGUGGCCACAUCCAAGCAAAUUGAUCCUGUGCAUGACCAGCUAGAAAGCGGGGAUGAUGCUAUGUCAGAGACCCAGGGGAGCCUUGUUUCUGUCAGAUGGGUUUCCUGCAGCCAAUUAAAAAGUACCUGAUAGAAACCGACACCAAAACAGGGGACACUGAGAGGGUUAAAGCCUGAGAAAGUUGCAGGAUCCCAGCCCAGUGUCUGUGAGACCCCUUCUCAGAACAGCCCCCCUGCAGCCAGGGGUGGAGCCACAUCUACUGGGCAGAUCCAGGCUGGAGAUGGGACUGAAUUGCCCCACUGUGCCAGAAGCAGGAAAGCAUGUUAAGGGGCUCAUGAUCAGCUCCCCAGCCCCUCCCAAAGCAAAUCAGAGUUGCCCUGGGGACAAUGGCUGCCUGUUGCACACACUGCCGUGGGAAGCACUGGUGCAGCCGUUGCUGCUGGCGGCCGUUCCCAUAACUCCCCCAGACACACGGUGGUAGAGCAGGGUGCUGGCUGCUGGGCCGUACGUAAUUCAUCCCCUGCAGACAGGGCCUUCCCUCCUGCCAGGAGGGUCUGCUGCACACCAC